CAAACAACCAGCCUCGUCCUCACGAUUUAUAUAGAUCCUUGAACCAACUCUCUUCCGCCCUCAACAACGCUCCCGGCUCGCCCACCUCCACCACCCUCCCUUGACUCAAGACCGCGACCCGGUCCGAAUCAUCAAUCGUGUUCAACCGAUGCGCCACCGCAAUGACGGUGCAGUCGCGGAACCUCUCGCGAAUGAUCCGUUGCAUGAGCUGGUCAGUCUUCACAUCCACGCUCGCACUGACUUCAUCCAGCACCACAACCUUGCUCCGACGCACCAUCGCCCGGGCCAGGCAGAAAAGCUGCCGUUGGCCGUGGCUCAAGAAGUCGGGCGUCAUCACGGCGUCGAGCCCGCCUUUCUCUUGGAUGACGGGCCAGAUUUGACACUUGGUCAACGUGGAUAUGAAAAUUGCGUCGCGUUCGCUGCGUCCCAGGGGAUUGUCGGAGUCCGCAUUCGCGGCCGUCCAUGGAUCCAUGUUGAACCGCACCGUCUCGGUGGUCACCCACCACGGUUCCUGCGGGAUCACAUUGAGCUUUGCACGGAGUGUCUCGCGUGGAACACGAGAGAUGUCGACCCCGUCGAUCUGAAUCCGUCCGCUGCGAAACUCAAGGAGAUGGAAGAGACUGGCCAGCAUUGAACUCUUGCCACUUCCCGACCUACCACAGACACCCAACUUCUCACCACGUUGCACCUCCAAGUUAAUGUCCCUCAGAACCAGCAUAGAGUCCGCCGAGUAACUGGCUCCGAACCCAGUGAAGUUCACCUGUCCGCUCUCCGGCCAUUGAGUCGGCACCGGCUCGACUUCCCAUACCUUAUGCUCUGAUUCGAUGUCCCGGACAAAAUUUCUCAGACGGCUGAUAGCUCCAAUGCUAGUCUCCAGCAUAGUCCAAGUCCGUACCAAGUUUGUUAGGUUGCCGCUCAGAUUGACGGUGCUCAAUAGACCCAACCCGACAAGUCCCGGCUCGAUGGACUGCCGCUUCGCCACAAUAAUCACCAUCAAUAUCGUCACAAGAGCCGUCACCAAGAGAUCGAGGACAAUGCCGAGCCAUUGUUGAAUACAGUACAUCAGAUAGAACGGCCGCUGACUGCGAUCUAAGAGCUCUAAAUUCCGCUCCGCGAACUUGCCUGCCCAUCCAAAGGCACGAACACUUACCAGCCCGGCAGCGGUCUCGCCGAACAACGUGUAAAGCGGAGCUUUCUCCUCCAGGUCUAAAAGACGCAUUUGGCGACUGGUCCGCAGAUAGAACUUUUGGAUUCCAUACAUGGCCGCGAGGACCACGGGAAUAGUGGCGGCAAAAUAUCCCGUGCCGGAAGCAGCCAUGAUUGCAAGUCCGGUAGCGCAGGCUACCGAAGAGAGCACGAAAUCCGCAUAUGAAAAUGGCAGCUCCGAAUCGACAAGUGCCAUGUCCUGGCCAAACCUGCUCGUAGCGGAUCCAAUAUCGGUGCGGGUGAAGAAGGACAGUGGCGCAUUCAGAACCGAUUCCAGAAGGCUCAGGUGGAGGUUGCUGGAGCUUUUCGGUUGCAUGUCAAGAAGGAUUUGAAUUACCAGUAGCACUAUUGACACAGCGGCGACGAUGCAUGCUACCCCGAAGACGAUAAUGAACGCGGUAGCUUGCGAAGGAGUGUCGCCCGGGAAGGCUUUCACCAACACACCGGGCGCCUGAGAGGCAAUGACGAAAAGAAACGCCCAGACAACGGAGAGCAGACUUGAGAGGUAUCCGCAGGAGCGGAACCAGUGUUUGUAUGUGGACCACUCCCCGUUUCUUCGCAUGAGAUCUUGUGCAUUCUCAUUUUCCUCUUCGGCUGUCUGGGACGCUGUGGACACUUUGAACGUUUUCUCGACCUCAACCGGGGUUUCGACUUCUUCUUUCGUGGGAUGUUCGUACUCCUUUCUGAAUCGAACGUCAAGACUGUGGACAUAGCCACCCUGAUUUACCAGAUUGAGAUAGUUUCCCUGCUCGCAAAUCCGGCCAUUCGCGUCUAGGCUCACGAUGCAAUCUGCGUAUGGGAGGCGGUGUACAGCGUGAGUGACCAAG